UGUCAGGUCUGGCAGAUAUAGGCUGAAUCAGGCUGUCACCUGCUGCAAUGCUGAUGGGGUUUGCUGGUCCCAUCUUUCACUGUACCUUUCAUCGGUAUUAGAUACAAUUCAAUUCUCUCCUUCCAUCAGGGUCCUAAGAAUGAGACUGGAUUGAGUUGAUUGCUUGCUGUUGUUGUCCAGUGAAACUCAAAAGAAAUAGGCAAGCAGUCCUGCAGCAUUAACCAGCUCAGACUCACACAAAGCAUGUUCAGGUACACUCCUCCUUGGCAGGUGCUGUGCAACAGCAUGGAUCAUGAUUUUAAGCCUCGCUGUGGGGUGUGUCUAUGCAUGCAUACGUGAUAUUAGCUGAACUUUGUCUGUAAAGUCAGUGCAGUAAAGACAGAAGUGUCUUCAUUCCCAUGUGACACUACAGACUCUCGCUCCAUUGAUGUUUGAGGGAGGUGAGUGACAACCCUUCUCAUCAAAAAGAGGCAGUCAUCGAUUGUGAUAGACAACCCAUAUGAUGCAUGUACACACCUCUCAGGAGAGGAGCGGGCUGUGAUCCAUUCCCAUCAUUCUCUGAGACCACCACUCCCCAGGCCUGCCCAGAACCAUUCAUCACCUGGAGUCCCCAUGACCAGCAAGCCAAAGCGCUGGGUGAUAAAGCCCUUCUCCCCUAAGCUAGAGCAGUCAGAUUUGCACUCCAUACUGAGCACUACUGGCCAACCACAAUCCUCAGAGGACAUGUGGAGCAGCAGUCAUGACAGUGAAUCUCUCAGGUUCAGAUUUGACAGCAUAUUAGUAACAGGUAUGCAGGCCACUGUGAUGGUUUCACCAGGAAGUGGUGAAAACACUCCAGAUGUGGUGGUCCAGGCCAGACAGGUGGCUGUGUCUGAGGAUGGGUGUGAAAGUGAGAACUGGAGGCCCAGCAGCCCCAGUAAUCUCAGCAGCCCUGGAACCCCCAGCAGCACAGGCUCUUAUGUUGGGUUCUAUUCCUUUGUAGAUGACCCAACCAGCCCAGAGGCAGAGAUGAAUGAAGCCCACAUGGUUUCUCCUGAGAGACUUGCCUUGAAGGAGAAUAACUCCUUUAAGCUGCAAACGUAUUCAGAGGAAACAAGACCUGGAAGACUGUUCCAAGAAACUAACGGAGAUGCCCCUUACAGAGUUGAGGAUGUCUCAAAAAUCCAUGAAGAGGAGGAAAAUCCAGACAGAAUGGACAUCAUUCGGAGUCAGGUUCCAAGGAAAAGUUCUGCCCUCAAAGAACAGUGGAGUGCGUUAGAAAUUCUGGACCUUAGUAACACUCCCCAAAGACUCCUGGAUGGGUUUAGUCUAUGCUACAACCCUGCAAGUUCAAAGUCUCAACAGGCCAGUGCUGAGCCUAGUGCCAUAGACAAUGAGCAAAUUGACUUUAAUGCUGCACGUAAGCAGUUUCUAAUGAUGGACAAAUCAAAGCAGAACAUGUUCCUACAGAGUCCACAGCAGCUCACUUGUUCCCCCAAACUGAGAGGAAGAACUCUAUCCCCAAUGGCCAGCAUCUUCACACCAAAACAACUAAGCAAAGAGUACACCCCUAGGGAGAAUCAGGUCCCACUGAGAACACAACAAGAGGUAGAAAAGUUGACUGUAAUUAUGACUGAGGAUCCAGAAGAUGGAGUUCAGAGUGGUGCCAUAGAUGACAUUGACUCUGGCCUUGGUGACCGAAGUGGAGGUUACGCCAGUGAUGGGAGCAUUUCAAAUGAUCCCACCAUUUCAGAAAUGGGAAGUAGCUUGUCAGUGCCUAGUGCAGGGGAGACUCCCAUUGAAAGGGAAAUCAGAAUUGCCCAAGAACGAGAAGAGAAUCUACGACGAUUAAGGGGUAUCUUGCACACAGGCCAUUCUGAGAUAGUGGAAAUCAAGACCAAACCAAUUCUGCCACAGUCAUAUCCACAGCUGAAACCUCCAAAAGCCAAAGAAACAAACAGGGUGAGUUUCCUCGUUCAGAGAGAGCUUGAUCUUGAGAAACGGCGACAGAGCCAUAACAGGGUUUUGAGCCUUCAAAGCAAAGAGAAUCAAGGUGAAGCACAAGACAAGAGGAUUAAAUUUGAGACACAACCAGAAGUUCAAAUCACAUCUUUAAGGAUAAGCCCCAGAGAGAGUCCAACAAAUGAUUUACAGCAAAGGAAUGUCUCUGUGGUGGAAACUGCAGAGAAACCUGUACUAAUAGAUGAAGAUGACCGCUCUGAUUCAGAGGAAGUUCUUUCACCUUGCUGCACCCAUCGACAUACAGAUGAAUCUAUGCUUCAGAGAAACUACAGUGAGAGCAGCUCUUUUGGAAACCAAGAUAUAAAAGUCCAUAUUACUGCAAAUCUUGAGGAAAAUUUCCAUUCUAAAGUAAGGUUUUAUAAAGAAAAUGUUUUUGAGACACAAACCAGUUCUCUAAGAACAAAGAAAUUGCCAUCCUGGAUUGCGGAAAAUGGCACCAGCAUGUCAGGGAGAGACAGAAUAUCCUCUCCAAAUAUUCUGUCCCCACUGGAACCCACAAAAACUCGUUAUGUCCCUACGUGGAGGUCUCACCUUGAAUGCACCAGCUGGUGUCCCCAAAUUCAGAAUGCCCCAGACAGCAUCCGCCAGGAAAUCGAACAAGACCUCAGGCGAGAACAGGAGCUCCAGGAGCUGAGAGAGUCAAGUAGCCAUUCUUUCUCAGAACCCAUCUCAGCACCCAUGACUCCAGUCGAAUCCAGGCCCCUACCAACCAGUAGUGAGGAAACGCUAUCCUCACCACAAAGUAUGCAGAAGUACAUGAUGGACGUAGAAGAAAAGAAGACAGAUUAUAGUUAUCCUAAUUCCUGGAAUCUGAACCCUUCCCAAAUAUCCAUGGCAGAUAUAAAUUCACAGUUGUCCACAACACGGCUUAGUUCCAGACUGCCCUCGGUGUCCAUAAUGACACCCCAGCCAUGGGGCAGCUCAAAGCCCAUGCCCCCUACUUCUUCCCGUGUAACCUCCAUCAAGCCCUUAAACCCACUUGCUGACAUGUCUUCAACUCUCUCUCAGAAAGGCCUGACUGAGACAUUGCUAAAAGAUUUUGAAGACAGACAGGUCAAACUAAAACUAGAGGAAAGCGCAUAUGCUGGGAUCCAACCCAUUGAUGACAUAAAUAACGAGGUUGUAGAAGCCACCCGUGUUACAAGGCAUAAAAACCAGAGAGCCCUGCAGUGGGAGGCUGGCAUGUACACCAACCAAGAGAGCAAAUGAAUCAGCACCAAGAUGACACGAUGCACACAAUGUUCAUCCAGAACCACUGAUGAAAUCAUCUACAGACAAGAUCGACUUGAUGGGCUGGUUUAAAUUUCAUAUUGCGCUUACCGGCGCACCACUCUCUUGGCCACCUCACUCUGCAAGUGAAACAAAAGCCAAAGAAAAAUUCAUGAACAUGGAACAUUGUUUCCACCUUUCUAACAGUUUAGAUGGCUGUUCAGAAAUAAAUGCUGUGGUGAAAUUA